UCGCUAGUUUACUUAACAUAAGGGUAGAAGUAAACUUUACUGAUGUAUAUAACUCCUAAACUUUAUUGUAUCAUCCUGUAAAUAAAAUAAUGUAUAAGUAGGUAGUUCAAAAUCGUUUAAUCUUCAAAAUAUCUUUAUGUUUCAACUGUAAAUUGCGACGAACAGUGGUCACUGGAAUCCAUUUAUUAAACCUAUUUUUACAUUUAUUAUACUUAUAUCAAACAAAAUACAGAUUUGAGAGUGCAGUGUUGAAAUUUGUGAUGUUACAAAGUUAGUUUUAAUCGGCUCCGACAUUCAAGAAACCCGAAGGAACGCUCAGAUUAGACAGAUUAAAAUUUUUAAAGAAAUGUUAUCGGCUAAAUUUGAAGCCCAAUGAAAUAACAAAAUGCAGUUUCUCGUGGCAAUAAUGUUUUUGGAUUUAUUAUAUUCAUACUGUUAUCAACAAACGAAUGGGGCAUCAAGAGUACUUCUCGACAACGUCGUGGUACACAUAGACUUGAAAAAUACACCUUUAAAACUAAGCUACUUAACACAACUGCUCCCGACUCUUAGGAAGUUGGGGGCGACUGGACUUCUGAUGGAAUAUGAAGACAUGUUCCCAUAUGAAGGUGAACUGGUUCAGAUACAAAACCAAAACAGUUACCGAAGAUCCGAGCUAAAGAAUUUCCUAAUAAUUUGCAAAUAUACAAACUUGGAAGUUAUCCCACUGGUGCAAACGUUCGGUCAUAUGGAAUACGUGCUAAAACACCGCGAAUUCCGUGAACUUCGAGAAUUCGAUCCCUAUAUGGAUUCCAUUUGUCCCAGCAAGCCGAAGAGCAUUGAUUUAAUCAGAAAGAAGCUGUCGCAGGUAAUAUUAUUUCAUAGAAGCGUGGCUCCCUUAAAACAUAUUCACAUCGGUUGCGAUGAAGUAUAUUACAUUAAUCUACUAUUAUGCAAAGAAUGCAGCGUACGUCAUCUAAGCAAUGAAGAGAUUUUUAUGGCACAUGUUCAAACUGUAACAUCGAUUGUGAAAAACAUGUCUCAAGAUACAACAGUGUUGAUCUGGGACGAUAUGUUAAGAUUUACGUAUUCCGAUUUUCCAGUAGACCAAAAAGCAGAACCAAUAGUGUGGAACUACAAGAAAAAAGUCGAAGUAUUGCAUGACAAUCUCUUGAAAUAUCACAAGACUUUCCCGAAUAUUUGGAUUGCGUCGGCAUAUAAAGGUGCCGAUGGAGAGGAAAGUAUACUCCCUGAUAUAAAAAGGAGAUUUCUUAAUCAUUUCUCGUGGUUGGAAGUGAUAAGUAAUUAUACUUUUGAAGAUGACAGUAAUGUCUUUAAAUUCAAAGGCAUAGUACUAACUGGUUGGUCUAGAUAUGCAUCUGGUAGAAAGCCUGUUGAUAUACUUCCAUGUUCCUUGCCAAGUCUGGUAUUAAACUUGAUACUUGUUGAUAGGUUCCAACUAGAUUUUUUUCCCACAACAGAUCCGUCAGUUUUCUAUUCCAAAUAUCUUCAUAAUAGAUUUUUAAACACGCUACGUUGCGGUGUCAUCGACGUAGAGGUUAAUAACAAAUAUUUUGAUGUUAUUUUUGAUUAUGACAAUUUAUUUCUUGGUCAUUGCAAUUUUACUGAAUGGAGACUGUACACAAGUUUAAAAAAUUAUAUGUUGUUUUAUAAUACUGUUAAAAAGACUAAAAAAAUUAAUAGUCGAAUGUGUAAAGAGUUUUUGGAAAUAAUUAAUGGAUUUACUUUUACAUUAUUUCACAUCAUGAGUAAAUAUUAUGCCCCUAAUUUUGUAAAAGAAUAUGUUACUGAUUUAAUAUCAAAAAUUAAAGAUCUUUUGAAUGGUGCAUGUUAAGUUCAAUAUCAUUAUGUAUGUUUGGUACUACUGGUUUACGGUUAUAUUGGACCACUUUGCAGUCUAGGGAUUCCUAUACUUUUACGUUUCCACUUCACACCAUGUCAGGCCAUGUUUCGGCCGCUGUGUCUGUCUAAAUGAUCGCCUCACGGUCAAAUCAGUUCGUUAUAAACUCGGACAAUUAACCGGCACUCGCAGAUUGAGUUUGAGUUUAAGAGUCACUGAAUUGGUUCGAAAUAUAUUAGCGAUACUUAUUAAUUUUACCUUAAAUUAGAUUAUUCCU